AGGUAAAUCUUCCUGUCUCAAACUAUCUCGCUCUGAAAUCUCCACAAAACCUAAUUCUCCAUAAAAAAUCUGCUAAACUUAAACCAUCAAUUAGUGAAGAAUGACGAGUCUAGAAUGUAGGAUGUAUGAGGCUAGGUACCCGGAGGUGGACCAGGCGGUGAUGAUACAAGUGAAAAGCAUGGCCGACAGCGGCGCGUACGUCUCACUCCUCGAGUACAACAACAUCGAGGGCAUGAUUCUCUUCUCCGAGCUCUCUCGCCGCCGUAUCCGUAGCAUCAGCAGCCUAAUUAAGGUCGGCCGCAUCGAGCCCGUCAUGGUGCUCCGUGUCAAUAAAGAGAAGGGUUACAUUGAUCUGAGCAAGAGGCGUGUGUCGGAAGAGGAUAUUCAGGCGUGCGAGGAAAGGUACAAUAAGAGCAAGCUCGUUCACUCGAUUAUGCGACAUGUUGCUGAGACCUUGAGCCUUGACCUCGAGGAUCUUUAUAUCCAUGUGGGCUGGCCUUUGUACAAGAAAUAUGGCCACACAUUUGAGGCAUUCAAAUUGAUCAUCAGUGAUCCUGAUUCAAUCCUUGAUUCCCUCACUCGUGAAGUCAAAGAAGUGGGUCCUGAUGGACAAGAGGUGACGAAGGUGGCUCCGGCUAUAACUGAAAAAGUAAAAGAUGCUCUAGUGAAGAAUAUUAGGAGAAGAAUGACGCCACAACCUUUAAAGAUUCGUGCAGAUAUUGAAAUGAAAUGUUUUCAGUUUGAUGGUGUCCUGCACGUAAAGGAAGCAAUGCGUAGAGCUGAAUCUGCUGGCAACAAAGAUUGCCCCGUUAAAAUUAAGCUGGUUGCUCCUCCAGCAUAUGUGCUUAACACUCAAACUCUUGACAAGGAGCAAGGUAUCGAAAUCCUUAACAGGGCAAUUGACUUAUGCACGAUAGUGAUUGAACAGCACAAAGGCAAACUGACUGUCAAGGAGGCACCAAGAGCGGUGAGUGAACGGGAGGAUAAAUUACUUGCCGAGCAGAUGGCCAAACUUGGACGUGAAAAUGGAGAGGUUAGUGGUGAUGAGGACAGUGAAGAGGAAGAAGAUAACUGGAAUGGGCGAAAUUGAUCUCGAAAAUUCCAGAAGUGGUAUAACUGGGUGAAUUUUCGGUUUGGUUUGUUCAAUUUUCGAAAACCUGACCGGAGUUCUGUUUGCUAGAAAAUGCUUUUCAAUUUUACAAUGGGUUAUUUUUUACUCAAAUUUUGGGUACAAAUUCUCAGUUUAGCGUUCAUGAUUUACAAUGUCUUUAUGCUUCUGCUGGUGUCAAAAUAUUAAAGUUGGUGCAAAAAAUUCAGUGUUAAAGAUCCAACAAAGACCAAUGAAUAGUAGUGAAGUAUACAUUAACAAAUAACAAUCCAAUAAUCAUUUGAGCUGUAAAUUG